AGUUCAGAUGUUCUGACAUGUUUGGCCAGACUUUUAUUUUGAACCAGUGAGAGUUUUAGUUGGUUUUUUUCUGCCAAGCCAUGAUCGUGUUACCACAUGCUCCAGGAAUUUGGCCAGAAAGAGCAGAGUGAACGAACAUAAAGAACUCAAUGCCUUUUUUUCUCUUGACCUGUAUAUGAAGAACACACCAGAAUCACCGGAGACCCUGAAUUAGAUUUAACUCACAUUACCUCGCCUUGAUCUGCGCUUUUCCAAGGUUGAGCUACAUUUAUUACUCUGAUCAUGGGGGAAAGUUAUUCUAAGGAAGAAGAAGAGCUUUUCAUGGCUGAUCUGUUUAGCUUGGCUCUGGAAUCUGGUUUGAUGCCCGACAUCGACAUCGACGACUCCUUGACAAGGUAUUCGGGAUUGAAUUCAACAGCCAUCCUGGAAGACUACUCUUCCAAACUGCUAACAGACGCGAUUGGCAAAGCUCCAAACUAUGUGGCAAGUCUCGGUGCAGUUAUAGCCAGUUUCAAAGGGGUACCAAAUGCAGUGGGAUUAGGUGCACUGAUCCUUUCCUUCAUCCUGGAUCUCGCACUGCUACCUUCAACCAUGGACAGUGGUGACAACACGCUGAACAUGAUGCGUCGCGUGUUUGCUGAGGAAAAGGCUUCGGGUGUGAGAGACAUCAUGGACGAGUACAUGAAGCGUCUCAGGAUGCAUAUGUGGGAACCGCUGAAGGCGCUGGAGGAGACCGAACAUUGGGAGAAACAGCUGAGUGACCAGCUGACCCGUCUGAGGAACUCCAUGCUCCACGACGACCAAAUGAGCACCCGUGCCAUGAAGCACUGGAUCAACGGCGCCGCCUUCCAUUCGCAGAUGCUCGUUCACGCAGCCCGGCUGAAGGUGGCAGGGAGUAACUCGAUUCAGAAAGACCUUAAAGUCCGCAUGAGCUCUAUCAGCACCGUGACUGACAUUUAUCAGAAGGACUUACAGGAUCUGUUAGAAAAGUACAAGAAGCACAAACGUUCUUCCAUCAGACUUGAAAAAUCGCUAUUACCAGGAGCAUGGUGUUACAGAGCGUGCCAACUGACACACUGCAUAGCUCGUGAUUAUGAGGUUGGACGUAUGACUCCAAGUAUCAAGCAUCCUGUCUAUGGGAACCAAUAUUGCAAAAACUCUUUAGACGCUUAUCUCGACUACAUGUUUAACAACUGGAACCUGGUAAAAAAGCUGAAUGACUAUUUCUCUGUUCUUAAGGGGAAUCUAAGGGAACUUAUACUACAGCGACAAGCUUUCAAUGUGCUAAACAUCUCACCUGACUCAAGCACUGCUGUGGACUAACACAGACUGCAUAUGCUCUCAAAUUAAUUGACAUGCUUUUAUUAUUUUUAUAUUAUUUGUUAUGCUUACUCUUAUUAUUUGAUAAUUACAGUUGUUUUGUAGUUUUCUACAUUAUGAUUGUUCUUACUGUACUCAACAAUAUUUUCUUACUUUUAUAUGCAUGGUUCAUGUAUUUUUUAGCACUAAUCUGUUUAUUAGUUUUAAUUGGUUGUCUUGAUUUUUGUCUUAUUUGUCUUAGCACAUGCUAAUUUCUAUUUUUAUAUACUGUUUUGAUAAUUUCUUGGUCACACUUUGUUUUCUUUAAUAUACUUUUAACAUCACAAAUAUGUAUUUACUCUUUUCUGUAUGAUACUUGGCUGCAUUGUAAAUGAGGGUCACCCUCAGUGUCCAAUAAAGGUUGACUGAUUGAAAAACUG